UCCUCUCUCUCUAGAAUGUCUCUGCUACAAACCCAGUUCCUGCCAAGAGCAAGAAUAAAAGGGAAAAGAAAAAGGAAAAUGAAGUUAUGAAUGGACUUAGAGGUGAGCUGUGCUAUGAGCCAGACUUCAUAGAAGACAGGAUGAAGAUUUAUGAAACACUGAAAAAAGAACAUGAUGCCUUGCUUUCCUACAGAGCAGCCAAUGAGAACAGACCCAUCAAAAUAAUUCUUACUGAUGGGAAUGUGGUUGAAGGGGAAUCUUGGAAAACCACACCUUAUCAAAUAGGUGCAGGAAUUAGUCAAGGAUUGGCAGAAAAUGCAGUGAUAGCCAAAGUGAAUGGUGAAUUGUGGGAUAUGGAUCGUCCAUUGGAAGGAGACUGCACACUUGACCUGCUUACAUUUGAUAAUGAAGAAGCUCAGGCUGUUUACUGGCAUUCAAGUGCUCACAUCCUUGGAGAAGCUAUGGAGAGUUACUAUGGAGGCUGUUUGUGCUAUGGGCCACCUAUUGAGAAUGGAUUUUAUUAUGACAUGUAUAUUGAAGACAGGGGUGUCUCUAGUACAGAAUUCCCAUCACUGGAGAACAGAUGUAAAAAUAUCAUUAAAGAAAAGCAGCUGUUUGAAAGACUAGAAGUCAGCAAGGAGAUUCUGUUAGAUAUGUUUAAGUAUAACAAGUUUAAAUGUCGUAUCCUGAAUGAAAAAGUUGACACACCAACUACCACAAUAUACAGGUGUGGUCCAUUGAUUGAUCUUUGCAGAGGCCCACAUGUGAGACAUACUGGAAAAAUUAAGGCUUUAAAAAUAUUUAAGAAUUCCUCUACAUAUUGGGAAGGAAAGGCUGACAUGGAAACACUGCAGAGAAUCUAUGGAAUAUCCUUCCCUGAUAACAAAAUGAUGAAGGAAUGGGAAAAAUUCCAAGAAGAAGCCAAAAACCGGGAUCAUAGAAAAAUUGGAAAGGAACAAGAACUUUUCUUUUUCCAUGAUCUGAGUCCAGGAAGCUGUUUUUUCCUCCCCAGAGGUGCCUUCCUUUACAAUGUACUUACAGAUUUUAUACGAGGGGAGUAUCACAGACGUAACUUCACUGAAGUAGUGUCACCCAAUAUCUAUAAUAGUAAACUCUGGGAAGCAUCGGGUCACUGGCAACACUACAGUGAAAAUAUGUUCUCGUUUGAAGUUGAGAAGGAGACUUUUGCUCUAAAACCCAUGAACUGUCCAGGACAUUGCUUGAUGUUUGCUCAUCGCCCACGAUCCUGGAGGGAAAUGCCUAUUAGACUGGCAGAUUUUGGAGUUCUUCAUCGAAAUGAACUUUCAGGGACUUUAAGUGGCUUGACGCGAGUCAGGCGCUUCCAACAGGAUGAUGCUCACAUCUUUUGCACAAUGGAACAGAUUGAGGAAGAAAUGAAGGGCUGUCUCAACUUCUUGCGGUCAGUUUAUGCUGUCUUUGGUUUCACCUUCCAAUUGCAUCUUUCUACAAGACCUGAAAAUUACCUAGGGGAAAUAGAAAUCUGGGACCAUGCAGAAAAGCAACUACAAAACAGCUUGCAUGAUUUUGGAGAGCCAUGGAAGUUGAAUCCAGGAGAUGGAGCAUUUUAUGGUCCAAAGAUUGAUAUCAAAAUCAAAGAUGCUAUUGGUAGAUACCAUCAGUGUGCUACUAUCCAACUUGACUUCCAGCUGCCAAUCAGGUUUAAUCUUACAUAUGUUGGUAAGGAUAGUGAUGAUAAGAAAAGGCCAGUGAUCAUUCAUCGAGCCAUUUUGGGCUCAGUGGAGAGAAUGAUAGCUAUUCUAGCAGAAAAUUAUGGAGGAAAAUGGCCUUUCUGGCUGUCCCCUCGGCAGGUCAUGGUUGUUCCAGUAGGGCCUACUUGUGAGGAAUAUGCCCAUCAGGUAUGUAAUGAAUUUUUUGAAGCAGGAUUUAUGGCUGAUGUUGAUGGAGACCAGAGUUGCACAUUAAACAAGAAAAUAAGAAACGCACAGCUGGCUCAAUAUAAUUUUAUUUUAGUGGUUGGGGAAAAGGAAAAAGCAAGUAAUGCUGUCAAUGUGAGAACAAGAGACAACAAGGUUCACGGAGAGAUUUCCAUAUCUUCUGCCAUUGAAAAACUAAAGAACUUAAAGAAUUCUCAUACUCUAAAUGCAGAGGAAGAAUUUUGAAAUUGGUUAAUUUCCUGAGAUGAAACUGAAAUGCCUGGCUCCUCACUCUAAUGUUGUAGUGUUUUAUUGCAAAAUCUUUGUAUUAAUGCAGAAAUAUGAAGCUGAUGUGGGUGUUUUGGGGAUAGUGUAAAAGGACAGGUGCAACUGUGGAUUCUCAGGCAGUCGUAUAGAUAGCAAAUGUGAAAUGCCAUAAAAACUGUACUUGUAUUAAAAAUAUGUUCUGUUAUAUAACUUAAGUUUUGACUGUUAGAGCUAGUAGAAGAAAAGCAUUGGAAUGUAUUGGCUGCUGCUGUAAUUACUGAAUUAUUUCAGAAGUUCAAAUGAUAGCUUAUGUAAUUAACUUGAGAUGGAAUCUGAAACUUAACAGUUUGUAGAUGCAUGAGGAGCAUUUUAACUUUAUAUGCUGUAAUCCCAGUUCAUGUCACGUAUCUUUACUUUAUUAGGGCCAGCCUAUUCCUACUAGGUUAGUGUUCCCAUGUCACUAAUGCACUGGUAACUCUCACAGAAGCGAGCAGCAAGGCCUGGGACUGAAUAACCAUUCACUCCAAAAGUGACUGUCAAAGAGAAGUUGAGUGUAACCAAGCUUGCAUUGUUGCUUGUGCUGUGUGUUCUGUGGAUAAAAAGAAACAUUUCAAUUUCCA